AUGAAUAAAAACUAAUUGGUCUCUGUAUUUCCACUACAGGUUGAGCAGCUGACAGAAGAACAAAAAAAUGAGUUCAAGGCUGCCUUUGACAUCUUCGUGCUGGGGGCAGAGGACGGCUGCAUCAGCACCAAGGAGCUGGGGAAGGUGAUGAGGAUGCUGGGGCAGAACCCCACCCCCGAGGAGCUGCAGGAGAUGAUAGACGAGGUGGAUGAGGACGGCAGCGGCACUGUAGACUUUGAUGAGUUCCUAGUUAUGAUGGUCCGGUGUAUGAAAGAUGACAGCAAAGGAAGAACCGAAGAGGAACUCUCAGAUCUCUUCAGGAUGUUCGACAAAAAUGCUGAUGGCUACAUUGACCUUGAAGAGCUGAAGAUCAUGCUACAGGCAACAGGAGAGACCAUCACAGAGGAUGACAUAGAAGAACUGAUGAAAGACGGGGAUAAAAACAAUGAUGGCAAGAUUGACUAUGAUGAGUUCCUGGAGUUUAUGAAGGGUGUUGAAUAAAUCUGAAAUAAGAUCUACAGCCUGAAUCUUCUAAAUCCUUCCAGUGCUGCUGUCUCAACUACUUGGUUAUGACCCCUUGGCUACUAGUAUGAAGACGAAGUGCUGAAAAGGGUGGCCAUCAGGAAAAUAAAAUGCUUUAAUAU